AUGGCUAUGGAGGUCACCUUUCCAGGACGGAACGCUGCAAUUCUUGGCCUUGCAAUGCAAUCGCAUCGCCGGGAACCUCGGAAGAUCCGGAGACACCACCUACAUGUGAUAUUUACUUCUGUUCAUUGCUCUUUUUUGUCCAUCAACAUGUUGAACUUCCGCGGCAACGUUUGCGCUGAGGCGCCUGACUACAAAGCCAAGCUGCUGGCGCCCGAGUUGGCACAACUCGAUGGGGAGGAGGUUGGCGGCCGGCGGUUGCCUCGCUUCGUUGUGGAGCUCGGCAGUCGCACUGUGGCACCGGACGCGGCGAAUGCCGAGUCUCAAUGUCCGGCGACGGACGCGGCAAAUGCCGAGGCGGAGGAAGUGAUUCUGAACAAAGGGCACGGGGACUUUAUCGAUGCCUACGCCCUGGAAUCUCUGGGCACUGAGGACUCACUGGGUCAGAAGGCCCAAGAAGCGCUGCAGCGCAGCCGCGCACGUCGAGAGGCAAAGCCGUUGCCCACGCCUGCAGGUGCGAGGGGAAGGGCGAAUAGGAGCCCUUCGUUCCACGGCGAAGCCAUGACGACCUCUGCAUUUGCUUCCCAUGCGACUGCGAGGCAGAUCUCGCUGGAGCAAGCUUUUGGGAGAGAUCACAGCAGAUUCCAGAGGAACAGUGCGCUGCACCGGACUCCUGGCGCCUCGGCGGCGUUUCAGGUGGAGAUGUUGGGCUGGGCCAUGGAAGGCCUUCCAGAUGGAGGAACAUUUCCAGCCCAGCUUUUAGAAGUUUCGUCCCUCUUGCAGACAAAGGUCCCCAAGAAUGUCAGUGAUCUGCUGUAUGAAGCGGCCGGAAGGAGCUCCGUGGGCUUUAGCCAGGAGAUCCACCAGGAAGAACGAGGACAACCAGGACCGCAAGGCAGUGCGGCAGCAGCGGAUGCGGUGGCCGUUUUGUUGCUUCUUCUCCAGGUUGCAGCAGUGAGUCCACUGGCAUACUAUGAUUCUUUCUCAGCUUUGUUGGUGAUCCUCCUCUACCUCAGUAGCGUGACCUCCGUGAAGUUCUUCGUCAAAGAUACCAUCAAUCACGGCUUUCCCUAUCCUGCGUGCAUCACCGGCUUUCAUAUGAUCGCCGUUUGCAUCACGAUCUUUGCAUGGGGAGAGCGUCCUCAGUGGAAAGAGGCCAUGGCAGUUUUGCCCAUUUCCCUGUUGAAUAGCGCAUCACUUUUGACCAACAACGCUGCUUUGGUUUUUGGAGGCUUAGCCUUCGUCUCCAUGAUCGAUGCCAUGGGGCCUUUCGUGACCUUCCUCUUGGAAGUGGCCAAAGGAACACGGCCCUGCUUCCACCUGAUGACCAUCUUCUCUGUGACCAUCGCGAGCGUCGGCUCCGUCCUAUGCGUUCGCGGGGAAGCCAGCACAGUGAACGGUAUCAGCGCUAUGGCCAUCACGUUGGCUGGGAUCAGCGCCGUCUUGCGCUCGAUGCGGGCCGUGUGGCAACACGACCUCCUGACUGACAAGUCCAUCACCGUGUCGCCCUUGCAGCUGGUGUUUUGGAAUGGCUUUUGGGGAGUUUGGAUGACCAUGAUCUCCAUGAUGUUCAGCAAUGAGCACUUUGAGGGCAUUCAACGCCUUAGCACCAUGUCAACUUCAGCCAAGCUAUUUCUCUUCUUCUCUAUCCCCGCGGCGGUCGUGCUAAACAUCACCCAGUGGUACGCAGUGAAGAAGCAUGGAGCUCUCAUGCAGAACAUCAUUGGGAACCUGAACUUGGUCACGGUGAUUGCCAUUUCCAAGGCCAUUUUGUUCGAGGAGGUGACCUCUACGCAGUACAUUGGGACGAUCCUCCUGGUUUGUGGCACCAUCCUGAACAAAGCAAUGGACGUCAGCAGACACAGCUUGGAGAAAUGA